AUGGGGUCCAGGAACACCAGUAAGGAGCUGGAGCAUCAGGGAUUGGCCAGGCUGGAGCUGAGCAAUGCCAGGGCUGCUAUAAAAGCCCAGCCUGGGCCAGAGUGGAGCAAGCAGUGCCCUGGCCACCUUCUCCUCCUUGGGAACAAGGCUGCCCUCUCUUGCAGAGCACCCUCGCAUCCCACUAAGAUGUCCUGCUACGACCUGUGCCCACCCAGGACCAGCGCUGACCUGUGCCCAGUGCCCAGGACCAGUGUGGCUGUGCCCCAGCCCAUCGCUGAGAGCUGCAACGAGCUGUGUGCCCGCCAGUGCCCCGACUCGUCUGCCUUCAUCCAGCCCCCGCCCGUGGUGGUCACCUUCCCCGGCCCCAUCCUCAGCUCCUUCCCCCAGCAGGCCGUGGUGGGCUCCUCUGGAGCACCGGCCUUUGGCGGCUCCCUGGGGCUGGGCGGCCUCUAUGGCGCCGGCGCCACCCAGGCCUCGGGGGGCCUCUGCACCUUUGGCAGAGCCUACGCUGCUCCCGCCUGCAGCCCUUGUGCCCUGCCCCGCUACAGCAAGAAGCUCUGGGACACCUGUGGGCCCUGCUAGAGCCACCAGCAACAGCCCCAAAGGCCCUCGGGCUGCCUCAGCCCAGCCUGGACAACUUGAGCUCUGCACAAGCUGCCCUGGCCUCCUGCAGCGAGUGACACCUGGCCUGCCUCUGGCCUGACCACCCUCCCUCUCCCUGCCUCUCCUGCCCUUCGUGGCACAAUAAAGUUUUCCUGCAUUCAAA